UCGCGAGAAGUGUGAGCUGUCGCGGGAACUGCUUUCAAAAAGCCCUGGCGCUUCCCCGAGAGCUAGCUCGGUGAAUGGGCGAGCGUCUCUGGUCGUGAGGUGGUAUUGCCGUAGCGAACCUGGGCGCUGUGAGCCCUCGUCACGAGCCGCCGGCUGCAGCAGCUGGGGAAAGGGGUGAGGAGAGAGUAGACUAAAAACGAAAAAAGAAAAAAAUAUGGAGGCAGAUAUAAUUGCAGAUCUUCGAUGCAAGCUCAAAGAGGUCGAAGAAGAGCGACUUAAAGCUGCACAGUAUGGCUUACAACUAGUGGAGAGCCAAAAUGAGUUGCAGAAUCAGUUGGAUAAAUGUCGUAAUGAAAUGAUGACCAUGACUGAGAAUUAUGAACAAGAAAAAUAUACUCUUCAGAGAGAAGUUGAGCUUAAGAGUCGAAUGUUAGAAAGUUUGAGCUCUGAAUGUGAAGCUAUUAAACAACAACAAAAAACACACCUGGAGCAACUGAAGGAACAACUGAGCAGAAGCCAUGGACAAGAAGUAAAUGAACUAAAAAAUAAGUUAGAAAAACUGAAAGCUGAAUUAGAUGAAGCUAGGCUUAGUGAAAAGCAAUUGAAGCACAAAGUAGAUCAUCAGAAAGAACUCCUUUCAUGUAAAUCAGAGGAAAUGCGAAUAAUAUCUGAGCGUGUACAUGAAAGCAUGUCUUCAGAGAUGCUAGCUCUUCAAAUUGAACUGACUGAAAUGGAAAGUAUGAAGACCGCCCUCAAAGAAGAAGUGAAUGAACUACAAUAUAGACAAGAACAACUAGAACUUCUUAGUACUAAUUUAAUGCGCCAGGUAGACCGACUUAAAGAAGAAAAAGAGGAGCGAGAGAAAGAAGCAGUUUCUUACUAUAAUGCUUUAGAGAAAGCUCGUGUAGCAAAUCAAGAUCUUCAGGUGCAAUUAGACCAGGCACUCCAGCAAGCCUUGGACCCCAAUAGUAAGGGCAACUCUUUGUUUGCAGAGGUGGAAGAUCGAAGGGCAGCAAUGGAACGUCAGUUUAUCAGUAUGAAAGUCAAGUAUCAGUCACUAAAGAAGCAAAAUGCAUUUAACAGAGAACAGAUGCAAAGAAUGAAGUUACAAAUCGCCACAUUGCUGCAAAUGAAAGGGUCUCAAACUGAAUUUGAGCAGCAGGAACGGUUGCUUGCUAUGCUAGAGCAGAAGAAUGGUGAAAUUAAACACCUCUUAGGUGAAAUUAGAAAUCUGGAGAAAUUUAAGAGCUUAUAUGAAAGUACGGAAUCUAAGCUUUCUGCCAACUCUGGAGCUCCGGAAGAUAACACCUAUUACACAGAUUUACUUCAGAUGAAGCUUGACAAUUUAAACAAAGAAAAUGAAAGCACUAAAGGUGAAUUGUCCAUACAACGAAUGAAAGCAUUAUUUGAGAGCCAACGGACUUUAGAUAUUGAGAGAAAACUUUUUGCAAAUGAAAGAUGCCUCCAGGUCUCCCAAAGUGAAAAUAUGAAACUGAGAGCUAAACUAGAUGAGCUAAAACUGAAGUAUGAACCUGAAGAGAAAAUUGAAGUGCCUGUACCCAAAAAGAGGCGGGAAGUCCUGCCUGUGGAUAUAAUCACCCCUAACAACGUAUGUACCAAAAGUGCUGUUGGGGAAGAAGUUUAUAAAUUACCACCUCAGAAAGAGGAGGUCCAGUGCUGUCCCAGCCUUUCUGAAGUUAACUUGCAGUUAGAAAAGACAGUUUCUAUAAAUACACCAGGAAUCAAUCUCUCUCCUCACAAAAGUCUGCCCAUGGACAUUCAGCCAAAGAAGGAAAAGAAAUGUGUGAAACUUAUAGGAGUUUCAGCUGACUCUGAAGCCUUAAGUGAAAGAAGUGGAAACACCCCAAAUUCUCCCAGGUUAGCUGCUGAAUCAAGGCUUCAAACAGAAGUUAAAGAAGGGAAAGAAACUGCAAGCAAAUUGGAAAAGGAAACUUGUAAGAAAUCACACCCUAUUUUAUACGUGUCUUCCAAAUCAACUCCAGAGACCCAGUGCCCUCAGCAGUAAGGACUUUUCUUUAAUGAGAGUAAGGUACCACUUGCCCCAAAAAGUUGAUUUGGAGCUUAGUUAAGAUUGUCUUUAUCUGAAAUAUACAACAUUGUAGAUUAGUUCUUUCAACCUGCUGUGCCAAGACCUGGCCUUUUCAUGUUCCUUUGAUCAAAUGUUCAAAAUUUGGUUGUGAUUCCAACCAGAAGAGUUCCUUAAAUGAUGACUCUUCAUGGAGCUUCUAUGAAUUACAGUAAAUAAACUAAUAAUUAAAGGAAAGUGUUAUAAAUCUAUUUGUUGUAUUGUAUAUGGAUUUUUAAGUGUUAUUAAUGCAUACCUUCAAAGUCACAUAUUUGAAAAGAGAAUACAAAAUUAACUAUUAUAUUUUCCUAUGUACUUUUUAAUGAACUUAGUUUUUCACUAUAUUAUGAAAACAGAAAACUUGUUUUAAAAAUAUAUAUUAUAACUGAGAUUUGUCAGUGUUUUAAUUAGCUAUGUCCAUCUUUGUGUCCAUGUACAUGAUUUAAAUUUUAUGCCUCAAGUAUAUGAAAAAUAUAAUUUUGAAAUUUAAAAUAAAACUGAAAAAAUUUA